CGCUCCGACCCCCGCCUGCUCUCCCAGUUCUUCUUUGCCGACGAGAGGGUGACACGGGUGGUGGCCGAGAUCAACGGGCUGGAUGCCGAGCUGGACCCGCAGCAGUACCUGGUGCUCCUCAACCAGCUCCAUCUCAGCCAGGCUCAGCUGCUGGCCGUCCUGGAGCGGAUCAUGGAGGAGUGCAUCCCCACGCAGCGGCACAGCCGUGACUACCUGGUCAAGUUCCCCGAGGAGCUCUUGGUGGACAACCUGGGGAACCACAUGCUGUUUGCCGCCGAGUGUCUCCUGGCCGGGACCUUCCUGGAGCUGGAGGAGGCAGACGGGGUGCAGCUGCGGCCUCAGGCCAGGAACCUGCUGUGCAGCCUGGAGCUGGUGCGGACGGUGCUGCGGGAGCAGAGCCUGAGCCAGCCCGGCUCCUACCCAGAGCCCGUCCGGGCUGUGCUUGUCCAGUUCGACCGGCUCUUCGCAGAGUUUGAGCUCAGCUAUGUGUCCUCACUGGUGGCAGUGAAGUCUCCCGAGGAGAUCUAUAGGCAGCAGGAGAUCAUCGUGCUCUUCUGUGAGACAGUGGAGAGAGCCCUGCGCCUGGGCUACCUGACCCAGGAGAUGAUCGAUGGCUACGAACCACUGCUGAUGUUCUCCAUCCCUCGCCUGGCCAUUAUUAGUGGCCUCCUCAUCUACCCCGAGGGUCCCCUCAGCCUGGAGCGGAGCUCUGAGCAGAUGUCCCGAGUCUUCAGCCCCUUCUACAACCUCCUGAAGAAGAUCAGGGACUUGCUGCGGGUGCUGUCGGUGGAGGAGCUCUGCCUGCUGGAGAGGAGCCUGUGCAAAGCCGAACCAGAGGAUCCCUGCGGUCCAGCCACCCCACCAGCUUGGGGGGCAGCUGUGCCCAGAGCGGACACCCCUGCUCCUUGGGGUCUCCUGGAGGUCCCCCACGUCACCCCACCACCCCCCACCUGCAUGGCGCGGCUGGGACCCCCUGGCACGGUGGACAACCUGGGCACCAAUUGGCAGUGGGGCCCCCAGCCUCCUGGGAGCAGCCCAGGGACAGGGCUCAAUGCCCCUACAGGUGCCUGCUGCUUGGAGCUGCGCUCCCGCUACAGCAGCACCAAGGACAUGCUGCACACUCUCUUCGUCUGCAUCUCGGGGGUGGCCGAUCAGCUCCAGACCAACUUUGCCAGCGACCUGCGGAGCAUCUUGAAAACAGUCUUCAAGAUCAUCACCUCGCAGGCGGAGCCAUCGGAGGAGCCAAGUGCCAGCCGGGUGGCCGAUCAGCUCCAGACCAACUUUGCCAGCGACCUGCGGAGCAUCUUGAAAACAGUCUUCAAGAUCAUCACCUCGCAGGCGGAGCCAUCGGAGGAGCCAAGUGCCAGCCAGGAAGAGGACGGUGACCUGUGUGCAGCAGAUACUUCUCGCGUGGCUGACUGCCCCCUGUGCUCCAGCCCCACGGAUGCUGCUGGGCUCCAGAGGGCAG